GUUGGAAACAUGAGCCUAAACAAGAUGAAGUUCAGUUGGUAUACAGGCUGCCAAUUGAUAAAGUAUUCUUGACUCGUUUAAAACAAAAUGAUUUAGCUUGCUUAUUAUGUUAUACGAUGAUAGAUCUAUAA